GAAACACAGAAAGAAGCACUUCCCCGGUUCGACAGCGACAGAUCACCUCACUUCCACCUUCACUCAUCCCUCUUUAUCAUCGCGAGAGCGCGUCGAACAGCACCAUGGCUGAGGAACCACGAAAGCGCUCGCGCUUCGACCAGGCCCCCAGCGAGGAGCCUCCGCGCAAGUCUCGAUUCGACCGACGCUCGCGCAGCCCUGUCUGCAAGGCCGCCGAUACUGCUGCCACCGCCCGCGAGCGUAGCCCCGUUAAGAGCGUCGAGACUCCGACCAAAGACGAGGUCAAAGACCCGGCCGCAAUUGCUGCCGCCGCGGCUGCCCGCAUCACCGCGCAGCUGCAGAGGCAGAAGGGCAUCCAGCAUGUGGAUGUGCCGCCGAUUCGUCCGGCUUCCAACGCAGCCGCUGGCGCAUCAAAAUCUCCCUCGGCCUCGGAAAAAGGCGCGGCCCUCAACCACGAAGUAUAUCAACAGGACGGUGACUUCAUCAAAGACAUUGAGGUCAAUGACCUUCGAAACCGCUACACAUUGACUAAAGGCAGCACGCAAAAGAUGAUCAAAGAAGAGACUGGCGCUGAUGUUACUACUCGCGGGAACUACUACCCGGAUAAGAGCAUGGCCACUGCUGCCAAUCCGCCGCUUUACCUCCACGUGACGAGCACCACAAAGGACGGCCUCGAACAAGCCGUGAAGAAGAUCGAAGAGCUCAUGCAGCAGGAGCUCCCAAACCUGAUCGACGAACGCCGAUUCCGCCGUCGCGAAGAGCCUCGAGAGCCGCAGCCUGACCGCGACCAUCUGGGCCGCCGCAAGUGGCCGGAGAAGCGCAUACCCAUCGACCUUGAACCGAUCCCGGGCUUCAAUCUUCGAGCACAAGUCGUGGGCCAUGGAGGCAGUUACGUGAAACACAUUCAGCAGGAGACCAGAUGUCGCGUCCAGAUCAAGGGUCGCGGUUCGGGGUUCAUGGAACACGACACGGGACGGGAGAGCGACGAGGCCAUGUACCUGCAUGUUGCUGGACCCGAGCAGGCUAUGGUGGACGAGGCCGAAGCUCAGUGCAACUCGCUCCUCGAGGCUGUUCGCACCUCGUACCAGGAAUUCAAGGAGCGGCCGCCACGACACAACGGCGGAUUUGGUGGACGCGGUGGCUAUGGCGGCGAAGGUCGCGGAGGCUACCAUGAUCGCGGCCUAGAUCGCCAGCAUUCUGGACCCUACGGUGGUGGUGGUGGUGGUGGUGGUGGAGGCGGCGGUAGUGCGUAUGGUGGUAUCAUGUCACCCGCCAACGGUGGCUAUGGAGGUGGCUAUGCUGCUCCUGUAUGCCAAGCAGAGCAAUAUGCACAGUACAACCCAGCUCAACCAGGAUACGGCAUUACCACAGAUCAAGUUUCUACGGCACCAGCGCAGACUGCCGUCGCUCCAGCCGAUCCGAUUGAACAACAGAAGCAGUACGAGGCAUGGGCAGUCUAUUAUGCGCAGAACCCAUCAGCGGAUCCUUACUCUGCAUACGGAGGUUAUGGCGUUGUCAUGGCUCAGUUCAUGCAACCAGGCGCUGCUGGUGCGUAUCAAGCGUAUGCUCAGCAGACACAAACUCCAGUGGACUACACGAACGGAAUGACGGCUGCGCCACAGGAUCAACAGGGCAUCCCACCGCCACCACCACCACCCGGUGCAAACCAAGGCUAUAGUGCUGUCCCUCCCCCACCGGGCAUGUAAUGUGGACCGUCCUGCCAUCGUGGACGGCGAGCGUGGCUCGAUGAAAGAUUGAAAUGAAUAGAAGCGUCGGAGUGCUGGUGUGAUCAUGCACUGGCAGCUGCAAGAUGAGGCGCGAUGUGUGCCAAAGAACCUGACUUGUUGGCGCAGCAGCUAGUCCGCUCCGCAGCGGCACUGCCACGUCCACAACUCGUAGCCCGAGUACUGACAUGGUCAAAAGCGAACAUACCUAUUGAGAAGAAAUGGACAUUCUGUCAUGUUGACGUUUCACAGACUUGUAGCAACAUUACGAUCACCGGUGAAUCCCCGACGAUCUUGGCUCAGCCUCUUCUGGUCUGCAGCUGUGCCGAAUGGACUAGCGACUCAUGUGUCGUAGUCUAGUAAGAGCGCUCAAGAAGGUAGGCAGAGAUUGCUGUCAAUAGAUUGUGACCAAACCAGAAGAUCCCCGCC